AUGGCAGAAUCAACUUCCUCUGGGGCGACCACCUAUGUACCUGCUAGGUCUAUUAGUUUGCCUACAAGACUAAUCCAUCCUAAGGCACAGAGAGUUGAAGAAGAACUGAAAAAGAUUCAAGCUCUAAACUCUUCUUCAUCAGCUUCUUCUCGGAUCCAACUUGGACUUGCCAAGCUCGUCGAGCUCUAUGAAUUUGUCAAUGAACAAGUCAUAUGUUCUCCACAAGGGCAACAAGCUCUCAGCCUUUCUCGCAACGCCAAACUUGUGGAAGACGCUCUUGAUGAAUCAAUCUUGUUACUCGAUGUCUCUGACUUCACAAGAGACUUGAUAGAAACAUUCACAGAGCAAAUCCAGGUUCUUCAAUCUGCGCUACGUAGACGCGGAGGAGAUCUCUCUUCCGUUCAAGCCGAGAUUCAAACUUACAUAAGCUUUCAGAAGAAAUUCAAGAACGCAGCAGCGAGACAACUUAAAUCCCUUGCAAGAACGCAACCAAAGAAGAAAUCUGCAGUUAUCAAACAAUCCGGUGAUCUCGAUCAACAUUCUACUAUGGUGUCCAACAUCCUAAGUCAAUCAAACGCAUCAUCAAUCUCUAUUUUCAAGUCACUCUUGCAGUUUCUUUCUUCUCCCGGUGAGAACCAGAAGAAGAAUGGUGAAAAUAACUUUACACAAGCCAUUCAUAGCCUCAAAGCAAUGGUUUUGGGUUCUUAUCCCAUUUGGGAACAAAUAUCAACAAGUAUGCUCGGGGAAUUAGCUGUGCUUAAUUUUAGCCUUGAAGCAAUUAAGGAUGAGUUAAGUUACUUAUCAAGACGCCUUAUCCAACACAGAGCGUCUCUCUUGAACAUUGUGACUCCUUAACAAAGAAAUUAAAGUCUGUAUAUUUUGUGUAAAAUGUAAAUCCAGGUUUU